UUUUUGUAAACUGAUUUCUCAAUCAGCACAAGAGCAGAUAUGCAGAAAAGGGAAUCGGCAAAGGCCUCCGGCUCAACCGGGACUCCGGCGAAGCGCGGCCGACCUAUCGGAAGCACCUCUGGAAGUUCUGCUGCUUCCGCCGCCGCAGCGGCAGCGGCCGCGUCCGCCGCCUGCGCGGCACACGCCCCUCCUGCUUCUCUUCUCGGCCCCACCCUCCAAGUUCCCAUCUCCUUUGCCGAUCAAAAUAAUAAAAGGAUUGUUCUAGCUCUUCAAAGUGGUUUGAAGAGCGAGUUAACAUGGGCAUUGAACACUCUGUCGUUGCUUUCAUUUAAAGAGAAGGAUGAUCUGCGUAGAGAUGCGACUCCUCUUGCUAAGAUACAAGGACUGCUAGAUGCUCUACUUCAAGUUAUAGAUGAUUGGCGUGACAUAGCAAUUCCUAGGGAUUACAAAAGGUCAUUAAGGCUAAGAUCACUUGGAGAAAGUUCUACAGUUACGGGUUUUGGAAAUGAGUAUGAGUUGACAAAUUCUACUGAUGUUCCUGCUCAUCCAGGCAACUCAGGGAAUGCUUUGUCGAACAUGGAUACCUCAGUUCGCAAGGCUUCAAAGAACCGGGUUUCAGAGUGGUGGUUUGAAGAAGAUGGUUUAUUUAAUCUUGAUGAUGAAGGACGCUCAGAAAAACAGCAAUGUGCAGUUGCUGCUUCAAAUAUCAUUCGCAACUUCUCUUUCAUGCCUGAAAAUGAGAUAAUUAUGGCUCAAAAUAGGCAUUGCUUGGAGACACUAUUCCAAUCCAUUGAAGAUCAAUAUAUGGAAGAUGAAGAACUCAUAACCAAUGCACUUGAGACAUUAGUAAAUUUGUCACCUCUGCUUGACCUUCGAAUUUUCAGCUCAUCAAAGCCUUCUUUCGUAAAAAUAACGGAAAAAGAUGCAGUGCAUGCCAUUAUGAGAAUGCUGGAAUCAUCCGUGAAGGCAUGGCAUUGCGCAGCUGCUGAACUUCUUGGCCGCCUAAUAAUUAAUCCUGACAAUGAGCCGUUUCUUCUUCCUUCUGCUGCUCAGAUCUGUAAGCGUCUGGUUGAUCUUCUCGGUGUAUCCGCAGUGGAUGGGCAAGCAGCUGCUGUUGGUGCACUCUACAAUCUCGUCGAAGUGAACAUUGAUUGCAGGCUAAAGCUUGCUAGCGAGCGGUGGGCUAUAGACAGAAUAUUGAAGUUGGUGAAAGCUCCACAUCCGGUUCCGGAGGUCUGUAGGAAGGCUGCACUGGUGCUGGAAAGUCUUGUUUCUGAACCACAGAAUAGAGCACAUCUUGCUUAUCAUGAGACGACUUUUGCAGAGAUCCUCAUGUCCGACGGGAAAUAUUCUGAUACGUUUGCGCGAAUUUUGUACGAGUUGAACUCGAGGCCGAGCAGUAAAGUCAUCACAGCUCGUGGUGUUUGGGGCAUGUGAUAUAGUUCUCUGGCUUCUUUGUGCAGGUUCUAUUUAGAGGAGUACACUAGUGGUGCAUUAUUUCAUCCCACAUUUAUUCUAAAAAAUAUGAUGAAGUUCUGAAUCUUAGUCCCAGAUAUUUUCAUCUUGUUUUUAGGAAGAAAGAUUUAUAUGCAUUCCACUCAAUUCUUAUGUAUUUACAUAUCUAAACACCUAUGCAAGUCACCUAGUUUAGUGGUUGAGAUUUUUGUCUUUCAACUAAGAGGCCUUUUGCGUUAUG